UGCAUAUCGGCUUUUUCAUCAAGAACCAGUGGAUACAUAUGUACUAUACGUAUAUAUGCGGCGGUUGCACAAUUAAUAUGGAAUGAGACAUCCACUCCCGUAUUGGACAAGUGAGGAAUAUUCACUUUUUGCAUACUCACAAUACUAUUGGGGUUGAUGCACUACGUACUGACAACAUCCCGACAAGGUUAAAUAAGAUGUUCGAGUAUUACGCCAACUAUUAACUAAAGUACACAAGCUAAAGAUAAAAGUGUCAUGAAUCCGUGGAUGAUUCUUCUGUACUGGAUGGAUGGUCGGAUUCUGGCGUGAGCAACAACACUUUGUGCCUCGGAUCACUAUUGAGCCUUUCUUCAUUCUUAAUCUACUGAUAGUUCUCGGAGUAUCUAAUUCACUGAUUUCAUGAUCAGUGAGAAUACGAUAGUAUGUAAAUUCAUCAUGUCAAAUACCUCUGCACAUUUCACCUCUAUCGACUAUGAACAUGACAAAACUAAACUUCUUUCGGAACAAGGAACCAAGGACUCCACAUACAGAAUGAGCACCACCAUAUGUCUAGAACCUGCUAGCGCCCCCACUUCCUCCUCCGCUGCCGGUUCCAAUAGUGAGCUUAUUGUGGGGAACGUGUCUGCUUCCCUACAAAACAUGCCCCCACACAGAAUCUUCAAUCCUGAAACAUACUGUGACCUUUGCAACAAGGAAUUUUGCAACAAGUAUUUUUUCAUGACACACAAAGCCAACAAACACGGCGUGUACACGGAAACAUCUAACGCAGCCAACUCUUCGUCCAAAACUACAUUCUCCACUGGGGUUAUCAAUACCACCACCAAGUCAGUAAAUUCCGGAAAUGUUGAUACCCCAUUUACUCUGGAAAACAAUGGAGACGCCACUACUACUGAGGGCGAUUUUGCGUGCCUUUUGGGCAACCGAUCCUGUCAAACGGUGCACCUUCUUGGCCUGCACAAAUCAUACUUUCACCCUGACCCAUCCCAUAAUUAUGGAGGAGGAGGAAAGCAAGAUUCUGAAAACUAUGGCACAUCAGUUUUUUCUGUGACUCAAGAGGAGUCAAAUCGUUCUUCUCGACGACGGGGAGAAGGUGCAUGCGAAGGUGAUCUGGCAAAUUCAGAGGAUGGAGGCGAAGUUGACGAGCAAGGAUUUCAUGCUGAACAUGACGAGUCCGAAGAAAUCGAGGCUAGUGGGGAUACCACCUCAGAUUACGAUGACUUGCGACGCCUCCAAACAAUGAUAAUGGAAUUGAAUCAGACUUCUUCUGCCAAUAUUGCAGGGAAUCCUCCCCCCAGCCGAAGCUACUGCACAAUUUGUCACAAAGAGCUGUGCAACAAAUAUUUUAUGCGCAUCCAUAUGUUAAAAGUGCAUGGAAUUAGCAUCGAGAGUAGCACAGGCUUGGGUGGCGUCCCUUGUGACAUUUGCAAUAAAGAGCUGUGUUCAAAAUAUUUCCUCAAAGUACACAGGCAAAAUACACAUGGGGUUGUGGAUUAGGGACAGCCACCUCCCAAUCCUUCUACCCCAGGACCUGGGCCCUUGGCCAGUUUGCAAAGCUCAGCCGCAUCCAACAUUCCUCAAUUUCUAAGCAGCUUUGGCGGUGGUACUGGUUCCCUGACAGGACAGGACUCAUAGAAUUUCUCCAAUAAUUCGGAAAAUACUUCUGUUUCUACUCUUGAUGGA